AUGUUCUACUCCCACUCGGUCCUGGCUCGGAAGAGCCCGCUGGGCACGGUGUGGAUCGCCGCGCACCUGGAGCGCAAGGUCAUCAGCCGGACGCAGAUCGACGGCGUCCACGUCCCCUCCUACGCCGAGUCCAUAAUGGACCCCGAGGUCCCCAUCGCGCUCCGGCUGUCGGCGCACCUCCUCCUGGGCCUCGUCCGCAUCUACUCGUGGAAGGUGAACCACCUCUUCCAGGACUGCAACCGGAUGCUGAGCGCCGUCAGGACCGCCGCCGCCUUCGCCCCCGCGGGGGCGGACAUCGACCUGCCGUCCGACGCCGACCGCGCCCCGUUCGCCGCCAUCACGCUGCCGGCGACGUUCAGCCUGGACGACUGGAACCUGGACGACGCGAUCCGUCUGAUUGAGUCGCCGGACAAUCACCGGAGACCCGCCGAUGAGAUCACCUUAUUGUCUGGAGAAGCAGGGUACGUGAUGGUCACUCUUGAUGAGGACGGUUCUUCUUCUGCUUGUCGGUCCUUGCGCUUUGAGCCUGGGCCACAUGAGCAGGAGACAUUCCCUCCAUUUCCAGAAGAUACAGUUUCUGUAGAUCUUCCACCACCCCAGGACAGUUUGCAUACCACUGGCAAUGGGCACCAAGAUCCACCGGAAAUAUCGCGUCGAGCGACGGAUAGUGCGACAACAAGGUGUACCGAUGGCGGGGGCAGUGACACCAUGGACGAAGAUCCGCGGUCGCCGUUCAUGGAAAAGGUUACCACGCCAAGGGCAAUGUCCCCAUCUGGUAGAGGAUCGCCUUUGCCUGGGACAUCCAUUCCAGACGUACCAAUAGGUGUCAGCCAUGAUCAUGAUCAUAUGGAAGAAGAUGAAAAAUCAGGUGGCACCGGAAUCCUGGUACCAGCUGCAGCAUUUGUCCUUGCACCAUCCCCACCUCCAGUACAAGGUAACAAGAGAAGGAGAGCUCAGAACCCGAGGAUCGAUGAAAUAGGAGUGCUCUCCAACGACGACAUGAGGUCGCAAGUCCAUGGCGAUGAGCUGCAAAGGCUGGUCCGCAGGAGGAAGCCGCUACCCCAUACAGCACUGGACACGUGGAAAUUUAACAAGAGAAGGGAAAUGGACAGCUUAUUACCUUUGGUAGAGGGAAUGUGUACUGACCUUCAUAAAGCUUACGAGUGGAACUACCCUCGUGUGAGUGACUCUGAUGCUGAUGUUGCAAACACUGAUGCACCUGCGCCUCCAGUAAAUGCAGAUACACAUGAGCCUGAGCCUCACCUCACCCCAGUGUCAUCACAGGAGCCUGAACCUCACCUCACCCCAAUAUCUUCAGAAAAUGGAGAAGCAACGCCAAUUAACACGACACCUGAGCUCCCUCGCUUCUCUCUGCAAAUGGAUCUAUCUACAGUAAGGGAAGAAGAUGACAGUCCUUUCAUCAAAACUCCUGCAGGUAGAACUGGAACCCCAGGGUCUGGACUUGGAGGAACUGGUGCUACUGCUACUGCAACACAUGGCAGCUAUGCAACGCCUGGACAAAACACUCGUGAAUCUGAUCCUAACGGGUCUCAGUUCCCUUUCGGCGACGACUAUCUCGAUGAAGAUCUACCAGAGAUUCCAGGGCUCAUAAACACCCCUAGCGCGACGCCUAGUGCGGAUACCGGCGCCAGAGGACUGAGCAGCAUGUCUACUAGGACAAGGGCUGCCGCCAAGUACUUCAAAGGCAUGAUGAUGUCUUCAGCCACAUCACAAGACCAGCAGCGAGGGAAAUUCAGUUUGAACAUAAUCCUGGACGGCAGGACAAGGAAGCAAGCUGCGAGCAUGUUCUUCGAAACGUUGGCCCUGAAGAGUUGCGAUUAUAUCGACGUACUUCAGGAAGAGGCGUAUGGUGACAUCUCAGUUUCAGUUAGACCCUCACUAUCGAGCGCCAAACUUUGA